GUUACUUCCGGGGCGGGACGAUGAAGUGAGCAGCGAUGGUUUCCCGGUCCCCUCGGAAGAGUCUACUGAAAGGGAAGGUCAUGGACUUGAUCACCCACACGACCACUCUGCCCCUGUUGUUCGGCUGCCUGGGCAUCUUUGGGCUCUUCCGGCUGCUGCAGUGGAUGCGCACAAAGGCCUACCUGCGGAAUGCUGUGGUGGUGAUCACAGGGGCCACCUCAGGGCUCGGGAGAGAAUGUGCCAGAGUCUUCCAUGCAGCAGGUGCUAAACUGGUACUUUGUGGCCGAAAUGUGGAGGCUCUUGAAGAACUUUCCAGAGAGCUCGCUGCUUCCCAGGGACAGACCCACAAGCCGCACACAGUGACCUUCGACCUCUCUGAUCCUGGGGCCAUCUCUGUUGCAGCAACCAAAAUUCUGCAGUGCUUUGGCUAUGUGGAUAUCCUCAUCAAUAAUGCUGGCAUCAGCUUCCGUGGUACCAUCACAGACACCACAGUGGACGUGGACAGGAAGUUGAUGGAGACAAACUACUUUGGUCCGGUUGCUCUAACUAAAGCGCUCCUGCCCUCCAUGGUCAAGAGGAAGCAAGGUCACAUUGUCACCAUCAGCAGCAUCCAGGGCAAAAUCAGCAUUCCUUUUCGAUCAGCAUAUGCAGCUUCCAAGCAUGCAACCCAGGCGUUCUUUGACUGCCUGCGUGCAGAGAUGGAACAGGAUGCGAUCGAGGUUACUGUGAUAAGUCCUGGCUACAUCCACACCAACCUCUCUGUCAAUGCUGUCACAGGUGAUGGCUCCAUAUAUGGAGCUAUGGACAAGAAUACAGCCCAGGGCCGAAGUCCUGCUGAAGUGGCUCUGGAUGUCCUUGCUGCUGUGGGGAAGAGGAAAAAAGAUGUGGUCCUGGCUGACUUCCUGCCUUCUGUGGCCAUUUACCUCCGAACUCUGGCUCCUGGGCUCUUCUUCAAGGUCAUGGCGUCCCGGGCCAGGAAGGAGCGGAAAUCCAAGAACUCCUGAUAGAGGUUCAAGCUGACAGCUCUGGCUAGCCUGAUUGGGCUGAGCAGCACACCUUCUUGGGCCAGGUUUGCUCCAUAAGGGACUGUGCAUUGCUGAGACCUGAUGGAGGUCUAGUGAACACUCCUGCUGCUUUCUUACUUAGCCCCUGCUCCAGAAAACUGAAACCAAACCAGCAAUGAGCUUCUCCCAAGGGGAAUAUAUAUGGAGCUGGGCUUGAACUCAAAAUAUGAAAUAAAUGACUGGAACAGUAA